GGAAGAAGAAGUCUGAUCAUGCGACAACAUUCAGGAUGGGUACCCAAGUGAAAGAUGUCAUCCUGAAGCCUGAUGCUCCCAACUCUCUGUUCCUGGACAAACAUGCAGACUACAUCGCUGCCUACGGCUCCAAAAAGGAUGACUAUGAGUAUACGCUCUCAGAGUACCUGCGGAUGAGCGGCAUCUACUGGGGCCUGACGGUCAUGGACCUGAUGGAUCAGCUGCCCAGAAUGAACCGGCAGGAGAUCAUUGACUUCAUCAAAGCCUGUCAGCAUGAGUGCGGAGGCAUUAGCGCCAGCAUUGGACACGACCCCCACCUGCUCUACACACUCAGCGCUGUGCAGAUCCUGUCCUUGUAUGACAACGUGGAUGCGAUCGACAUUGAUAAAGUGGUAGAAUACGUCAAGGGCCUGCAGCAGGAAGACGGCUCAUUUGCAGGAGACAAAUGGGGAGAAAUAGACACACGGUUUUCAUUCUGUGCCGUUGCUACACUUGCAUUACUGGGCAAGAUGGACUCAAUAAAUGUCGACAAAGCUGUAGAGUUUGUCUUGUCCUGUAUGAACUUUGACGGAGGUUUCGGCUGCAGACCUGGUUCAGAGUCUCAUGCUGGACAGAUUUACUGCUGCACUGGCUUCCUAUCUCUCACCGGUCAGCUGCACCAGGUGAAUGCUGACCUGCUGGGCUGGUGGCUUUGUGAGAGACAGUUGCCAUCUGGAGGUCUCAAUGGACGACCAGAGAAGCUUCCAGAUGUGUGCUACUCAUGGUGGGUUUUGGCCUCACUGAAAAUCAUCGGCAGGAUCCACUGGAUCGACAAAUCCAAGCUGCGACUGUUCAUUCUGGCCUGUCAGGACGAGGAGACGGGAGGUUUCGCUGAUAGACCAGGAGACAUGGUUGAUCCUUUUCACACACUGUUCGGAAUUGCGGGUCUCUCCCUGCUCGGAGACGAAACGAUCAAGGCGGUGAAUCCUGUACUGUGCAUGCCAGACGACGUCCUGCAGAGGAUCAGCCUGCAGCCGGAGCUCCUGAGCUAGCCCCCCUGACACGUUAUGCACUCAUCACCACACACUCAUACACACAUCCCCUCAGCAACACCCCCGACCACCACGGCAGGAUGUCUGGAGCAGAGAGAGGACCACAACACAUCUUAGUGUUAGCUGAAGUCUACAGACACAUUUUAAGAGUCAGUGUUUGAUCACCGCUCAGUGACGAUUUUCGAGGACAGAUGGAGCCCCGCAGCUCUGGCAGGAUUCCUCUGAGCCGUUCAGUUUUAUUCCCUCAGCCACUCAUUUUACUAUCAAGUCUGUUUUGUUGGUUGGGCUGCAGCAUGAGUAAGUUUGAGUAGUGAAAUCAUCGUUGCUCAAGGCCAGAAACCAUUAAGUAACAUUCCUCAACUUUUCAACUUUUCAAUGUCAGUUUGAGGACAAACAUCUAAACGCAUAGGGAACUGUUGUUUUCAACACUUCCUCAGCUCCUCCUCUUGCCAAGAAAGUCAUUAUCUUAAUUAGUUUCUUUUGCCAGGAACAGAAACUUGUUUUGCUCUGCUUUCUAAUCCUGUUUGUUACACCGAUGGCUGAGGGAUAUUCAGAUUUAGUUGACAGAUUGGUGCAUUUGACCGUGAGUAGACGGAUUAUGUGAGGAAGAGAUGAGCGGAGGUAAAGGAAACAUAAUGAAGUUAGGUUUGCCCCUUUCAUUAUGUUUAAACACUUGACUUUCUUUUUCUUGUUUCACGGUUCUGCCCUGUUAAUGCAUCCACGGUUUCAGAUCAAAUAACUUCUGUAUUUAAAAAGUUAGACUAUCCUGUUAACACUAGAGCAAUCGUAUGGACACUGUGAUAAUAGGCCUCAUAACUGGAAAUGCAACCUGACAACAGGGCAAAGAUAGUUUUGAUCGUGUUGUUGCAUUAAAGAUAGAGUCGGCAAUUCUGGAGGAAGAUCGUACAAUACGCUUUUUUGUCAAAUUCAGCAAAUAUCUCCACGUAGUCUGACAUAUAACACUAGUCCAGCCAAUCAGCAGUCUCCUGUCUCUAGCACCCAUUGAACGUAUGAGAGGAACUUUACAUUAAUUUGUAGGAGCCUCUGAAGGAGCAGUGUAAUUGGGCGUUAGUUCAAAUAUCAUCAAUCUUUCUCCAGAAUGACCGACUCUACCUUUAAACAAAACCUUAGUUUACAGUUUUCAGUACAGGCAGGCAGACAAUAAUUUUUUGGCAGGAUUUGGGAGAUGCGGCAAGGUUUGGUGACUGGAGACACCCAGAGGUAGAACACAUGGCUGGUGUCGUCGCCAAGUGUAUUUAACGUCUUAUCUGCAGUCUCAGCUACACUAGUUGUUUAAAUCUUGUUACUCAGUCCAGUGUUUGUAACACAGCUGUCGGCAGAUGGGUUAGAUUUGCCCCCCCCCCUCCUCCCCACAAUGUGUAUCAUGACACAUUUCCAGUCUUAAGAUUAAAU